AUGGGCAACGAAUCCUCCACCCCCAUUGACGAGGCCACGCCUCCCACCACGCUCUAUGGGCGAAAUAUAGAAGCAGUGGCUCAAUACAUCAAAGAGAAGGACAUCAAGAACAUUGUCGUCAUGACUGGCGCGGGAAUCAGCACAUCGGCUGGAAUACCUGACUUCCGUUCUCCUGAUACUGGGCUGUAUGCCAAUCUGGCUCGGCUGAACCUCCCAUAUGCAGAAGCAGUCUUCGACAUCUCAUACUUUCGAAACAACCCGUACCCGUUCUAUACCCUGGCGAAUGAACUGUAUCCAGGCAAAUACCGGCCAACGGUGACACACGCAUUCAUCAGUCUGCUCCACAAGAAAGGGCGACUGCUGAAACUGUUCACCCAAAACAUUGAUUGUCUCGAGCGGGAAGCUGGGGUUCCUGGCGAAAAGAUUGUGGAAGCGCACGGAUCAUUCGCUACUCAGAGGUGCAUCGAAUGCAAGACCGAGUUUCCUGGUGAUCUGAAGCCCGAUAUCGUUUUCUUCGGCGAGGCUCUUCCAGAGUCAUUCCACCGCAACCGGAGCCUGCCCGCGAAAGCAGAUUUGGCAAUUGUCAUGGGGACCAGUCUGACGGUUCAGCCAUUCGCCAGCUUGCCAUCGUUUGUCAGAGAAGGGACACCGCGCGUGCUGAUAAACCUGGAGAGAGUGGGAUCCAUUGGUUCACGACCGGACGACGUGCUGCUGCUUGGAGACUGUGAUGAGGGUGUUCGCAGGUUUGCCGACGCUCUGGGCUGGCGUGAUGAGUUGGAAAAGUUGUGGGCCAGCACCAACCCGAACAAGGACGAGAGGGAUGCACAGGACGCGCCUCCCAUGACCAAGCAGGAGAAAUUGGACGACGAGAUUGCGAAGUUGACCAAGGAUAUUGAUGCCUCACUCAAGAUCUCCGCCGAGGCAAAUGAUAGAAUAAGGGCUGAAUUGGAAAACAGCGCACCGCAGAAAUCACCGCCAGCAACCGGUCCCUCGUCCAACACUCUGACCUCGCCAACGCUAACCACGUCUUCAAACUCUGGGCUCAGUCACGUCUAUCCUCAUCUAAGGCCAGACAAACCUGAAAAACCUUCUCUUUAG